AAAAAUCAUGUCAUUUAGACAAGUGCCUGAAUGUGGUAUAAAGAUACCACAAACAAUCAAACAAAUGUGAAAUAUUUCACUAAAGUUGUUUGGUGGAGAAGAAUUCUUAUGUGAAGAAUUAUUAAUUGGCCAUUGCAAGAAUAGAUGGCCAAAUAUGAACCUCAAGAAAGAAACUGCGAUAAUAUGGUAAAGAUGCUGGAGGACCUGAACAGGGACUUAGAAAAACUGCUGGAAGAAAUGGAGAAACUAUCAGUGCAGGCAACCUGGAUGGCUUAUGAUAUGGUGGUAAUGCGUACAAACCCAGAUUUGGCCAACUCUAUGAGACGACUGGAAGAUGCCUUCCUGAACUGCAAAGAAGAGAUGGAGAAGAACUGGCAAGAGAUGUUGAAGGAAACUAAAGAUGGAGGAGAAAAAAAAGAAUAAAUUGUUUUCAAACCUUCUGGAAGAAUUUCCUUCCCUAGAAGAUCAUUUUGGACUUGUUUUUUUUCUGUCAUGAAAGAUUCACAAAGACCUUGGAAAACAGAUUGUUUUCCAGUUUAUUAAGAAAUACUGAUGUGGUUAUAUAUACAGAUAUGUUCUACCAAAUACAUGUAUUGUUAAAACCAAAAAGUAAUUAUGUAUUCUUUAGAUCUAUACCCAUUUUGUAUUUUGUAGUGUAGUUAUGUAGACUUGCACAGCUUAUUUUCCUUGCUUUAGGAUUCCAACCUGCUUUACAGAUUAUAGAUACACUUAUUAUUUUAGUUCACAGCUCACCACUAAAGAGUAGAUGUACCAG